UCCCCAUUAUCAAGUUGGUCUUACGGUUCUCUCCUGCAAUAAAACCAGCACCUUUCUAUAGGAGAACAUAGCUUUCUUCGUAUCACUUUCUUAUUCUUUUGCCCCUCUUUUCUUGCCUCAUACCUUAGCGCUGAUGAGGAGAAAUGAUAACCCAAAUCUAUCGACCAAAAAUGACCACGUUUGCUCUGCAUUUCUUUUCCAAUUUAUCUGCUUGCGCUUCCCUGGGUUCUACUCCGUUCACUUUCUAUUUCAUCUUACGAAUAAAGAUCCGAUCCCAUUUUAGUAUAGAUGAUGUCAAGAAAAAAUGCCGACUGGUCUUCAGAGAAGCAAGAUUGAUUGGAUUAUCAAUUAUUCGUUCUGGUUCUGGUUCUGGUUCUGUUUAUGCGAUCGUCGUAAUGCGAAACAUGCUAAGUAUGCCACAAGUUGUUGCCCCUUUGCCCUUUGCGAGGGGGUUCCCCAAUGCCAGCGUAUAUAUCCGUUUGUGUAGAUCGACAAUGUGAUGUGCAGUUUACAUAAUAUAAAAAAAGGUAUUCAAAGACAAGAGAAGAAAGACGAUGGCGAAAGAAGAUGGAAAGAAAAAUAGAAAUGAAAAGAAGAGAAAUGUGUACAAGCUCGGUCCUCCCUCGGGGUAUCAAAGCCCCUCUGGAAAACAGAAGGGCGUAACAAAGAGACGGACAAGGAGAGCUGAUCA